AUGAAAGUCAUAAAAACGAUAAGUAUAAUAAGUUUGUAUCUUACAGUUUUUGCAAAGUUAGCAUCUUCGCGUGAAGAUACAGGAAGUGCAGAUUUUGAGUCGAGCGAGUAUGAGACCAUGGAUUCUCAAAGAGUCAAAACAGCAAAAACAUACAAGCUCAACUUCGGGAGCGCUGCAAUUCCCACCAACUUGUCCAAGAAAGAGCUGCACGAGCAGUCUAAAAACUUCGCUGCAAUCCAGGAAAAAGAAAGAGAAAAUGUGCUUAGAUACCUGGACUUCAGCGAUAGAAGCAGCUUGUUGGAUUUAAGAGGCGAAAAGCUCUAUGUCACCAAGAACAUUUUUGUUGAAAUGGCGGUGUCUAAAACAAUCCUGCACAGCACAGGCUUUUCCAGCACUAAAAAACAAAAAAAGCAGAACAAGUUGCAGUCUUUCCUAGGCUUUUUGUUCUACCCCAGCGCAGAGAGCGUAGAGCGCACCGGCAUACCCAUUGGAGAUAUUCUCUCAAGCAACCAAAAAUAUGAGAGUCUUUCUUCAGAAGAUCUAAAAGACAGAGUUUUUGAUUGCACAAGUGCAACAGCACACAACACAUGGGUGCUGAGCAACAUUCUGAAAACCGAUGAAAACAAAAAAAUAAGAGAAGCCUCUUUCAUCAGCAGUGCCAUGAGGUAUAUACUGCACUCGGUGUUUAAUCUGGAAAAAAAAAUGAUUCUGAAGAAUCAAAUAGGUUUAAACGCCCUAGACGCGGCUGAUAGGGAAACUGCCAUUAAAGUGCUUACAAAUGAGCUGGACUCAGCACUGCAAAACGUCAUGUCUAUAACGAUAGUUCCCAUCCUGAAAAGCCUUGAUGUCUACAGAUAUGCACUGCUCAAAAAGAGGGCAGAAAUCCUCAUUAAUUCCAUCGUAGAAAAUAAACCUGCGAGGGCAUUUAGUGUCUACAAGAUGCUUCUUGGCUGCACCAGCAACUCUUUCGGCUUAUUUUCACAAAACAACGCAAAGAUGAAUGUGCAUAGCAACACCUGUGUAAAUGCCACAGCCAAUGGAUAUGUUGAAAUUAUCACAGAAGAUUUAAUUGAGAAAGCAAUAGAGCACACGUAUAAGGAAAUGGUAAGAGUUAGCUCUGGCUUGCCUAAUAUCUACAAUAGCAGCCAUACUGAUCUGUACAUAACGCUAGAAGAGCUGGCUGUUGUUUUUGGCCUCUACAAGAUUGCAAACUUAAGAGAAGGCAACCCCGUGCAGCGUGCUGAAAUAGAAACACUAAUUGAAAACAGCCAGUGGGACAGAACAAAGAGCGUUGAUCUGGAGCUCUUUGAAAGUUUAUCAGAUAUGAAAAAAGCUCUGGAGGCCCAAAGCGGCGACAUUAGGCCAUGCUUUAACACUACCGUGUCUAUCUGUAAUUCCAAUGAAAACAAUAGAAAUUUCAUGUGCGAGAAUGGGCAUCUUUCUAUUGAAUACUCGCCUGUUUCCUCUGCAAAUAAAAUAUGCAACACGGCAGAAGUAGCACAAGAAAAACUGAACCUGCACACACUAAAAGUUGCCAACGAGAUUCUAAUGCCUAAAAUGCAAAACCGAAUUCACAUCAAAAAUGCUCCAGAAGACGAUCUUGUGUAUGAGAUAGCUUGCAGCAUCGCAGAACAAAACUCUUUCUACUACAAAACAGGUGGUACCGAAAUGGCAGUGACAUACAUUUCUCCUUUCAUCGAAAUGAAGAAGUGUGCCCAAGGCCAGAUAUCGCACAGUAAUGAGUAUACCUAUCAGGCCAUAUACCAAAAUGAAUUUUUUGUGCAGAGCCCAUAUACCUCUUACAAAUACAAAAUUACCACUGAUGCAGAUGCUGGGAGAUUCGAUGUAAAAGCAUUGCGUUUUAGCAUUCCAAUGGAGAGCCACCCAUCAGAUCACAUUGAUGUAUGUUUUGAAAGCAAUCUUAAAACAGUCCUGCAAAAUAUAAAAAAGGUCAUAAAGGAUAUAAAAAAGAAAGAUCUUAAGGAACUCAACUUAAAUAUAACGGUUAGGGAUUUAAUUAAAAAAUAUAUUCUUGGCCUUACAAUGGGAUGCAAUGAAUAUAAAGAAGUUGAUCCAAUGGUACUAAGCAAGUAUUCUAUAUACAAAUUCCAGCUAGUUAUGAAUCUACUUAUCAACUUAGAGCAAUCCAUCAAUUCAUUAAUACAAGAUGUUGAUAUUAGUCAUAAGCUUAAAACUAUAGAAGAAAUAUUGAAUAUUGAACUUAGCAUACAAAAAUAUGAAUAUAAUAACCCAAAAGAAACUUAUAUCAUUUCUAUAAAUUCCAUUGAACUGCAAUAUGAUGUACUACUUUAUAGUAUUCUUUCAGCAAUCAGCUACACUAUAGAAAGAUUCAUAAACGAAAAAAAAGCUCAUUUAAAAGUGUUUGAAGGUGUUUCAGAAAAACUAAAUGCUUUAAAUAUAAAAAAUAACUUCAAUGAAAAAGAUUUAGAAAAAGACGCUGCAGAUUUGCAUAAAGUUAUAAUUGGUGAAAGAAAUAACCCAAAAAAAAGUUAUAUAUCGCUCACUAGUAAAAAAUAUACUAUGAAUGACUUCUUUAAAAAUACUGAUCUAAAAAAGGCAUUCACACAUUGGGGCAAUAAAAAAAACAAAAAAGAAACAGAUAUGGAAAAAGACUGCAAUAGUUUCUGGAGCUACAUGUAUAUAGACGAUUACCCUAAAAAUCUCAAAGGAAUAAUAUUCCCACCAAUUGCAGUCAGCUGUAAAAGUGCACUACAUCCGUACAUCAACCUACUUUCUGAAAUAAGCAAUGUAACACUUCUAAACUACUAA